ACAUACACCACCUGGCGGAGCUCGUGUCACCUGCGGAGUGAUCAUGAGUUGAAGAGAGGAACGAGAGAGAGAGAGAGAGAGAGGGGGGUUAAAAAAAAAGGUCAGAAUUAACAGCAGGAAAGCCCGCAGCAGGAGCAGGAUGACCGAGGAGCUCUUCUGCAAGGCGGCCGCCGUGGUGAUCAAGUGCAAGGAGUGUGAGGACAGGAGGGAAAAUAUUCAACUGAUGGUAGAAUGGCAAUCUUCUUCUAAUCCAGUUCACAAAAAGGAUUUAAUUGUACGUUUGACGGAUGACACGGAUCCCUUUUUCUUGUAUACUCUUACAAUUGGCGAAGAAGAUUUUCAAAGUUUAAAAACCCAACAAGGAUUGCUGGUAGAAUUUUCUGCUUUUCCUCAACGGUUCAUAGAUCUUUUGGAACAAUGUAUCCGAGAACAAGAUAAAGAGAUGCCACGGUUUCUGCUUCAGUUGGUAACUUCCUCCACUGUGAUGGAUCGCAUCCCAGCGAACUUGAAUGUAAUAGAAACUAAUCCAUUCAAGCAUCUCACCCACCUCUCCUUAAAGCUGCUGCCAGCAAAUGAUACUGAUGUCAAGAAAUAUUUAGCUGUCUGUCUCCGAAAUAUGAAGAUGGAAAGGAAUUCGCUUGACGAUAGGUUGCACAGAUCUGAAGAAGACUUAAAUAAAAGAUUAAGCAUUACUCAACAGACUUUGGCAGAAAAAAGUAAAGAAUUAGAUCGAUUACGAAAUGAAUGGACAUCACAUUCAAGCUUGAUGUCAAACAAACACAGUCAAGAGGUUACCACAGAACGAGAGAAAUCUCAACAGGCUCAAAGACAGUACCAGCUUCAGUGGGAACAACAGAAGAAGGAGAUGGAAAUAGCACACAGUCGAACAGUUCAACAUUUAGAGAGCAGGCUAGCUGAACUGGAAACUAUUAACAAGGAUCUUACUGAGAGGAGAUAUAAAUCAGAAUCUUCAAUACGGGAGUUGAAAGCCAAACUGUUGGGAAUGGAAGAGGAGUGUCAAAGAUCAAAGCAGGAAAUUCUUUCACUGAGGAGAGAGAACUCCACAUUAGAUGCGGAAUGCCAUGAAAAAGAAAAACUGCUGAAUCAACUGCGAACGAGGACCGCUGUCCUGGAGCAAGAAGUGAAGGAUAAAGAGCAGGUGGUUACAAGGACAACAGAAGUCUUUGAAAGUACACAGGAACACAAGAAAAAUCUAGAGGGGAGCUUAGAACAAAAGCAGCAACAAAACAGAAAACUGGAAGCUACUGUGAAGUCUCUUUCAGAAGAAUUACUGAAGGCCAAUGAGAUUAUUAAAAAACUGCAGGGAGAUAUGAAAAAACUGAUGGAAAAGAUCAAACUGAAAAAUACUGUGACAAUGCAACAAGAGAAACUUAUUGGAGAAAAGACGCAAACAAUCCAGAAAGAGCAAAUGGAGUUGAGGGAGGUGCAACAGAGUCUCCGAUUAAAGGAGGAGGAGAUGUCUAAACAGCAAGAGCACCUUGAAGCCACAGUCCAAAAAUUGGAAGAGAGCAAGCAACUUCUAAAGACAAAUGAAAAUGUAAUAUCCUGGUUGAAUAAGCAACUGAAUGAGAAUAAACUUGCUUCAAUGCAAGGGACACCGGGCUCAUUUGAUCCAUCAACAAUAUCCAGUGGCAAUUUGUCGAGGCCUGGUGUUGUACAAAACAGUCUGCAGGCUCUGUACAGCACUCCUUUCUCUCUCCCAAUGCCGCAUCCUGUCUCUUCUGCUUUGGCUUCAGAUAAUUAUUCUAAGAUCUUUGUUCCUACUAUACGAACGAAUACUGCAUCCCUGAUUCCUCGUGUGCCAGGACGUGGUCUGCAGGUGCACUUUAAUCCAAUGGUGUCAAAUUCCACAAGUUCUCCUGUAUGUGACUCCAAAGCAGUCCCUUCGACUUCGACACCAACUAUGACAGCAGCCUCUACAAAGAUGGAAUCAGUUGGCUUAGACAUGAAGUACUUGCAGAAGAGGGAUGGCAGUAAUACGGUAUUGACUCAAGGCGUGCCACUUCAGAUGGCUUCAUAUCCAUCCAGUGCAGUAUCAACUAGGCCACCUGUAUCUAAACCAGGAAAUCCACCACCAAGAGUGUCUGCCUACUUCCCAGGACAACAGCCGAGACUCCCAGCAUCGUGAGAGAAGAGGAUGGAAUACAACUUCUCAGCGUAACUCACAGUCACACUGUGACAGGGAUUGUGAGAAAAGAAAUUCCUUUUCUAAAGACAGGCCUCUUGGGUAGUUUACUGCAGCUUUAUGCAGGAUUACAUUUAGGUCUAUUUAUUCAUUGUAAGAAAUGGACAGUGAUCAUUACGAUAACUCAAGAUGCUCAUUCAAACUGCCAGAAUGCAUUCCAUUGCCAUUCCCAAACUAUUAAUCUAUAGACAAAUAUAACCUUCAUUUUAGGAAAAGGUCUCCUGUACAGGUUAGAGCCAGGUUCGGGGGAGGAAAUAUACCAAAGUACCUGUUGUAUGUCUUAGGUUAGUUUUCUAUCAUGUUCCUUACAAAUCACUGGAUUGGUGUGAAUGGUAAAUAUUUUGGAGCAAUGGACAGGUUGAGAGUAAGUUUAACAAUGUAGAUCUUGGGUAUCAAACAUUACAGAGUAGAGAAUAUGGACUACCUUCUGCUAGAUUCAUACUAUGUCUUUUUGAUGUUUAGUUUUGUCUUACUAUUUGUAGAAUUUUUCCCUAUUAAUUUCUCUUUAUGCAAACUUUUAGGGGAUGGAACUCAGCAUAAUUCGUCAGUUUGUGCAUUAUUGUGUUAUCACCAUCUUUGUUUUGUAGCUUUCGUCUUUUUUUGGUCAAGCUAUGCUACCUCUCUUAUAGGACUGCUUUUCUUUACCCAGAAUCGUGUGUGGCACCAGUUGACAUUGAAUAGAAGAAAACUGUGUUUCUAUGUGUUUGAUUAGUUGGAAUUACUGUAUGCCCUCUUUCUUAGCAUCAAACUGGUUAUGUGAAUCAACUAACAGAAACUAGCCUUCAGUUCAAUUUUCAUUUCAUUCAGUUUUAUUAUUGAAACCUCACAUUAAUUCAGUGUAUACAGUCAGUAUUACAACAUAGGAGUGGGCUGGCCCUGCCAAGUGCUGUGGAGGUCAGUUAUCCUAUUGAGGACUGAUAUUUUGCAUUGGAAAGGAAAAAAUGGUGAAUUUUACCUUGCCUGUAGAGCAUUUGUUGUAAACUUUUGUACCUGCAGAUUAAAUUUCAUCGUUGUAUAUGAAUAGGAUUUCAGAUAUUAUUGCCCAACAAAUAGAAGCACUGUGCAUCACGCGUACUGUCAGAUUAUUUGCCUACACUUCGGCAGCUCUUUUGUGCAGAUAUGAGUUGUGGUGCAUUGUUUCACUUCAAUUGGUGACUAAUAUAAUUGCAUCAGGGAAUUUAAAGCACAUCAGAUGUACACAAGUGAUACCUAUCAUACUAUAAGUAGUAAGUUAUGACAUCUGUUUUACUGAAUGUCAAUGUACAAAUUGUAACAUACUUUGUAUUUAAUAUGAGUGUUGCAUACAUAUUUUGAAGAAAUAAAAUACAUGCACUUUUGCAAAAACAUAAA